GCAGCGCUUCUCACGCAUGUGCAAUCCGCAGUCUCUGGUCAUCCCCUGUACUGUCUGCAGUCUCUGGUCAUCCCCUGUACUGUCUGCAGUCUCUGGUCAUCUGUACUGUGUCCGCAGUCUCUGGUCAUCUGUACUGUCUACAGUCUCUGGUCAUCCCCUGUACUGUGCCCACAGUCUCUGGUCAUCUCCUGUACUAUGUCCGCAGUCUCUGGUCGUCCCCUGUACUAUGUCCGCAGUCUCUGGUCGUCCCCUGUACUGUGUUCGCAGUCUCUGGUCAUCUCCUGUACUCUGUCUGCAGUCUCUGGUCAUCUCCUGUACUAUGCCCGCCAUCUCUGGUCAUCUUCUGUAAUAUGUCCGCAGUCUCUGGUCAUCUCCUGUACUGUGUUCGCAGUCUCUGGUCAUCUCCUGUACUGUGUUCGCAGUCUCUGGUCAUCUCCUGUGCUAUAUCCACAGUCUCUGGUCAUCUCCUGUACUGUGUUCGCAGUCUCUGGUCAUCUCCUGUACUGUGUCCGCAGUCUCUGGUUAACUCCUGUACUGUGUCCGCAGUCUCUGGUCAUCUCCUGUACUAUGUCUGCAGUC